CGUUCGUUCGUCCAAGCGCAAAAUACGGGUCACUGUGUGAAGAAGUCAUCAGCCAACCACCAACAACAAUAACAACAACAACAACAACAGUCAUAAGAUUUUUAACAAUCAUGCGAAAAGAUUGCCUCAUUGUCGGUCUCUGUCUACUUGGAGUGAUUGUGGUCGCCGGCGAUGAUCAUUGGGUCUGGCGCAGAGAACGAUCCUUUCGUGACAUUGAUCGGACAGCGUCGAUAAGGAAUUCCUAUGACAAUAAACUGAGACGGGAGCCAACCACACGACGACCUCUACCCGGUGAGCCGGAAAACGAUGAAAUUGAGGACUAUGCUGAUAUGGUGGACUCAACCACCACGAGAGGAUCACCAACACCCAAUGUGGGAACGCGACAAUAUAAUCCCUAUGGAGGUGGUCAACAGAAUGCUGGACAAUCUGGAAUUGGCGGAUUUGGGGGAUUUAAUGGUGGAUUUAAUGGUGGCAAUCCAGGCGUAUUGGUUGGACCUGGUGGACCAACAGGCAUCAUUGGACGUCAACCGUUGUACCCGAAUCUAUAUCAGCCUGGUUAUGGUGGCUUCAAUGGCGGUGUUGGUGGUGGUGCUGGUGGCUAUCCGGCCAUUUAUGGCGGUUUGCCCGGAGCUGGAGCUGGAGCAGGUUAUCCAGGCACUGGCUAUGUACCCGGCUAUCCAGGUGCCCAAUUGGGCACUGGACAAGGACUUGGCCAAUAUCCUGGAGGCAUACAAUAUCCCUAUCAAAGCUAUCCUGGUGCUGGCAUUGGUGGUGGCGACUUUAAUGGCCAACAGUUUAAUGGACAAUAUCCAGGCUAUCCCGGUGCACAGCAAUUUGGAGCAGCGGGACCCCAAUAUACAGAGGGUUAUGGCUUGGCCGGUGUCGGCCUGGGACAAUUGGGUCUAGGUGGUCCUGGUAAUUUUGGUUUCGAUGAGAAAACUCCAGCGGCAGCCGAAGGCAAAAGCGCCAAAAGUGUUGAUAUCUCCAUUGCCUCCAAAGUGAGCGAUAAGCUGAUUAAGAAGUUAUAAGUUUGUUCCCUCCUUUUGUUAUUAUUUUUUUUUUUUUUUACCUCCUGCUGUAUAUAGUCCGUUCUUAGGCUUAG